UGGAAAAGCAAAAGAAUUAAAUAGGAAAAAAAGCAGCAAAAAGAAAAAGAAACCAAGCCACCACUCCCGACGAUCCUCCUCUCUCCUCCUUUACCAAUCAAACCCAAAAAAUAAAAACUCACUAUUAACUCUCUCCUCCUCCAUGGCAGCUCCAUUAUUAAAGCUGCCAUUCUUCUUCUUCUUCUUUAUUUUGAACGUAGCAGAAGCAUCAAACUGGUGCGUAGCAAGAAGCGAUGCUAGCAACCAGGCACUGCAAACAGCACUUGACUACGCAUGCAGCGCCGGAGCAGACUGCACUCCUAUCCUCUCCGAUGGUCUCUGCUAUUUGCCCAACACCAUUCAAGCUCAUGCUUCAUAUGCUUUCAACAGUUACUUUCAGCGCAAGGCCAUGGCUCCUGGUUCCUGUGACUUCGCAGGAGCUGCUAACAUUGCCAAAACUGAUCCCAGUUAUGGAUCUUGUGUGUAUCCAUCUUCUUUAAGCACAGCAGGUGGGUUACCCACCACCACAUCUUCAACACCAACAAGCACAAACAACCCUAAUGUCCCAACAAUGCCCACCACUGUUACACCCCUUGAUGGCAAUGCUGGUAAUGGAUUCAAUCCAGGGAUGAUGGCUCCACCAAUACCCACAACAGACAAUUCACAAGCCUCUUCAAACUUUUUGGUCAAAACAAGCCUAAUGCCUCUUUUCAUUUUUCUUCUCUCAUUUACAUUUUGAUCUGUGUUGUUCUAGUGUGGGAAUGAAGAGGCUUGUAACAGUUUUCAUGGAAGUUUAAGCCUUUUCUCUUAGAGGAAGUUGUUUAGGUUGUUGUCUUGUUUAGGAUGCCGCCAUGCGUAUGUUAGUUAUCAGUGGUGAAAUUCAUGGUUCAAUUUAUUUCAUGCAGGUUUGGACAUGUUUUGAUGUUCUUAUGGGGUAGAAAAGCUGCCAUAUGUAAUUUCCAUUAAGGAAUGUAGAUUGAUCCUCGUGAUAUAA